GGGCCCUCAAUUUUUUUGUAACGUCAAUUUGGGGUCCCACAGUCUUUCGGUAAGAUUCUUCUGGAAAAACCUUAAUCGGACGGCUAUGAACGUUUCAUCAGACGAUUUUGAUUUCCGAAAUAUCUAUAAAUCAACGAUAGUUUUCCUCCAACAGACGCCCCUUUCCCUCUAGCUUUGUCCCUCUCCGACGGGUGUGUUUGCGGUUUUCAGCUAGCUGUUCAUCUUUUGAAAUUCUCUUUCAAUUCUUUGAUUUCUAAGUUUUCAGGUUAUCUCUGUUUGCUGUAAUAUCGAGGUUCCUUUUCGUUUUUCUUGGUAAAGGUGAUCAUGGAGAAUGUGAAAGACAAGGGUAAAACCUCCAAACCACAAUCGGAAACAAAUGCUUUAGCUAAGAAAAGUGAAAUUCAGGCGACUACUUUUGAGACAAUGGAGACUAAUGUUGAAGAAGCUAUUGUUGUUCCAAACAACAAGAAUAAGGAGGAAGUAACAAAAGAAAGGGAUAGUAAGGAAGAAAAUGCAAAAAAAAAGGUCAAAACUGAUAUGAGAAUGAGUAAAGAAGCAAAAAGUGGAGGAAAAGUAGAAAGGAAUUCUACAAAAAAGAAAAAGGUCAUGAAGACGAAGAAAACAAGUAAAAAGAAAACACUAGAAGAUACUAGUGCCAAGGCAACAAAGGAAGCAGAUAAGCCCGAAUCUUCGAAGAAGAAGGCUGAUAGUUUUGGAAUGAUUUUCAUGUGUAGUUCCAAAACGAAGAAGGAUUGCUACCAUUACAAGGUUUUAGGGCUUCCUGCAAGUAAGAAACAAGUGGUGCAAAAGAUUUAUAAAGGCAUGAGGUUGUUUUUGUUUGAUUUUGAUUUGAGAUUGAUGUAUGGGAUUUAUAAAGCUACAGGACCCGGGGGUUAUAAUAUUGAGCCCAAAGCUUUCAAAUCUUCGUUCCCGUCUCAGGUCCGGUUCUCUGUUUUGGAAGAUUGCUUGCCGUUGGCUGAAGAAAAGUUCAAGAAGGUCAUCAAAGAUAACUACUAUAAGAAGAACAAGUUCAACUGUGAAUUGAAUUCAGAUCAGGUGAAGAAUUUGUGCAAGCUUUUCCAAGCUGCUAGCAAGGGCCCCAAGUCCAAGGAUUCGGGAAGAAGUCUCAGAGGAGAAGGCUGUACAGCUUCAGACCGGCAGAGAAGAACCCAGCUAGGUCGAGAAGAAGAAAGGCACCCUGUAUUGCAUGAGGACCGUCUUUAUAAGGAGCCUCCUGCUCUAUAUGAGAGGGAGGUGUACACAUCUCCAAGGGCAUCACGGCCUCUACAUGCCCCAUUGCCUCUUCCGCCGGCUGCUGCAAUCCCUCCUCCAUCAUAUGCUUAUAAAAGGCCGUUAGAAAUGGAAGUCUACAGAAGAGAACCACUCCUUGGUGGUUAUGAUCGACAGCAUCUAGACUUGGAAAUGAGGCGUCAAGAUGAUAUUGAAUACCGUGAUCCCUAUGUGCGAUACAGAGAACCUCCUUUUUCCCAUGAUCUGAUAUAUUCUGGUGGCCGGUCAUCUGGAUACCAUCCUCCUGCAGGUCUUCGACCUGAAUAUUAUCCUCCAGCUGUCCCAUCAUCUAAACACCAUCCUCCUGCAGGUCUUCGACCUGAAUAUUAUCCAGCUGGCCCAUCAUCUGAACACCGCCCUCCUGCAGGUCUUCGACCUGAAUAUUAUCCUCCAGUUGGCCCAUUGUCUGAACAUCGUCCUCCUGCAGGUCUUCGACCUGAAUAUUAUCCUCCAGCUGGCCCAUCAUCCGAACACCAUCCUCCUGCAGGUCCCCCGCUGGAAUACUAUACUCUUGCUGGUCCAUCAUCUGAAUACCUCUCUGCAGGAUGGCAACCUGAGUAUCUUCAUCUUCGAUCAUCAUAUCGUUAGUAGAUCCCAAUCUGAGAUUGGUAAAAAUCUGUUGUUCAAUUUUCCCGAACAAUUCUUAUUCAGUACUCAUGGAGAGCUUUGCUUCAUGUUUUCAAUUAGUUUCUUAACAACAUAGUGACUUUCAAACAAGGUUAGCUAAUGCUGCUUGCUUUACUGGAUACUUAAACAAUUGAUUUGUAUGAAGUAAGUGGGAAUUUGGUUGGGAGAAACCUCUUAAGGUUGGUUUUGAUUGUGCAA